GUCACCUGAUAGCGAAGAGGGAGGGUGUGCUAAUGUUUACAACCAUUGGGCUGUCGAUAAUUUCAUCGUAAAAACUGUGAUUUUGUCGAUAUUUCAGCAGCAUAUGAGAAGACACGAACAUAAUGGCGCAAACUAAAUGACCUCGUCUCGCUUUCAGGUUUCUGUAAACAGUGAGUCCCCCGGUCCCCUCGACUCACUGGGUUACACAGAAUCUGAAUCUGGAAACAACAUUUCAGUGUGUGCGUUUUGUUGGUGAACAGGGUCCUGAUGGAGUGGGUGUUCAUCAUGAACCGGAUGAGCUCCCAGGGCAGCUCUGCAGCCCAGCGGAGGCGCAUGGCCCUGGGGGUGGUGAUCCUCCUGCUGGUGGAUGUCAUCUGGGUGGCCUCCUCCGAGCUAACCGCAUACAUUUUCAAGCGGCAGGAGUACAACAAACCCUUCUUCAGCACAUUCACCAAGACGUCCAUGUUUGUUCUCUAUCUGCUGGGUUUCCUGCUGUGGCGGCCCUGGAGGCAGCAGUGCACCGGCACUCUGAAACAGCGGCACUCCGCCUUCUUUGCUGAUGCUGAGGCCUACUUUGCACCCUGCACCUCUGACAGCACUGGGAACAACUGUUUGAGUGAACCUCUGUAUGUUCCAGUGAAGUUCCAGGACGUUCCUGUUGACCAAUCAAAUUGUUUGAUGGGAGACUGCGAAUCUUCAGCUUCCAGAAAGCAGCGUGUGCGGUUCAGUAACAUCAUGGAGGUGCGUCAGCUGCCCUCCACCCAGGCCCUGGAGGCCAAACUGUCCCGCAUGUCCUACCCGGCGGCCAAGGACCACGAGGCCAUGCUGCGCACGGUGGGCAAGCUAACCAUCACCGACGUGGCCCAAAUCAGCUUCUUCUUCUGCUUCGUGUGGUUCCUGGCCAACCUGUCCUAUCAGGAAGCCCUCUCCGACACGCAGGUGGCCUUCGUCAACAUCUUAUCCUCCACCUCAGGCCUGUUCACGCUCAUCUUGGCAGCCAUUUUCCCCAGCAACAGCAGCGACCGCUUCACCUUGUCCAAACUGCUAGCUGUGGCUCUGAGCAUGGGCGGCGUUACCCUCGUGAGUUUCUCCAUCAUGGACAGCCCGGAUGACAAAGGCGUCAUAGGGUCUUUGUGGUCCCUGGCGGGGGCGGUGCUGUACGCGGUCUACAUCGUAAUGAUCAAGAGACGAGUGGACCGGGAGGACAAGCUCGACAUCCCCAUGUUCUUUGGGUUUGUGGGUCUGUUUAACCUGCUGCUGCUGUGGCCCGGCUUCCUCCUGCUCCACUACACGGGCUUUGAGGCCUUCGAGCUUCCCAGCCAGCUGGUGUGGACCUACAUCCUCGUUAACGGCCUCAUUGGGACGGUUCUCUCAGAGUUCCUCUGGCUGUGGGGCUGUUUCCUCACGUCGUCUCUGAUCGGGACUCUGGCGUUGAGCCUCACCAUCCCACUCUCUAUCAUGGCAGAUAUUUGCAUGCAGAAGGUUCGUUUCUCUUGGCUGUUUUUUGCCGGGGCGGUCCCCGUCUUCCUCGCCUUCUUCAUCGCCACGCUCUUAUGCCACUACAACAACUGGGACCCCGUCCUGGUGGGGCUGAGGAGACUGUACGUCUUCAUUUGCAGGAAACAUCGCAUUCACAGAUUGCCAGAGAGACAGCGAGCGUGUGAAAGCCGUGAUUCCACACUCCACGCGCCGUCCUCCCCCCACGACGGAAAGCUUUCUUGUUCGUGAUCCAGCGUCCCGAACAACGUGGUGAAUGUUGGAUGUCUCCGAUCUGGAUAUCUGGAAUAACUCAGAGACGUUGAACUACCCCAGUGCCUCCUGUAAACUCUGUAUUUUCUACAGUUGAGACAAUGCAUCCGUUUCUACAAGCUCGGUUUUUAUUUUCAUCGCAGACCGAGAUCCGGAUUUUACUUUGUUGAUGUUUUCUGUGUAAAAACGAAGCCUUCUGGUUGUCAAGGUGCUGGACAUUAUAUCCGUGGUUACUGUGUUGUCGUGUGACCAAAUGAAACGGUACGUGUUGAACUCGACUAUAACGCUAAGCGAGGCGAAGGAACUCUGCGUUUUCUUUACAAAUCUCAAAUCUGAGUUCAGAGGUCACAACAAAAUGAUUUCAGGGCGAACGUUGUUCCUACCGGACACGGUUAUGUUGCCUAAAGGUCUUCCAACGCCGCGUGUGUGCGUGUGUGCGUGCGUGCGUGCGUGCGUGCGAGAGUGUGAUUGUGAGUGUGUUUGUGUGUGAGAGAGUGUAUGUGAGAGAGAAUGUGUGUGUGUGUGUGUGUGUGUAGCGGACCAGGGGCAUUGUAGGUAAAAGGUUGUUGUCUGUCUCUGAAGGGGAGAACCUCCAUCUUCCAUAAAUCAGCUGUUUGACACACGUCACAUGAUGGUGAGUCAAUCAAAAUGGCCGUGUUGUUAUUAUUAUUAUAUCAGCAGCAGCAGUAAUGUGUGUGUGUGUGUGAUCACAUACACAUCACAGUGAUGACCCAGCCUGGGUAACCAGUGUGUUGUGAGAUAGUUCCCACUUCAUUUAGGCCUCCAGGUGACGACGACACUUUCACUUUCCUGCGUUAUUGUUUUGUCUUAAUUUCCAAAGCGUUGUAAGCCGGACGUGAAGAUAAAUGAAGUCACACUACAGCUGAGAAGGAGAGGAAAGCAUCCCAGCUUCCUCCUCUUCCUCCUCUUCCUCCUCUACCUCCUCUACCUCGGACAGCGCUGCAUCAGGAAGUGAAACUGUGAUGACGUAAUCGUUAUGACAUGACAUGUAAAAUGAUGGUAAGCCUUCUGCUAUAAGCUAAGAAACGCCUUGCUGCAAUAACCGUACCGGUCCUCUGCUCCUAUGGGCAGCUUCCUCCUGUAUCUUCUUCUUCUUCUGUUUUAAUGGGUGUAGCAUUAUUCACAUGACCACUACAGACUCAUUGUGUAUCAUGUUGUUGUUAUUGUGUAUGUAUCAUUGUAAAUGAUUACUGCUAGAGGAAGAGCCUGAAGUUGUCUUUUACUUGAAAUUAUAUCACGUUGAUUAAUUUGUUGUAUAUGUUUUGUUUUUGUUUUUUUGUUAAGCAAAAAUUGAUUUAUAUACUGAGUGAUUUCAUGGGAUGAGAAAAAUUCAAAUAUGGUGGCCGACCACACAAAUACCACUAAUGUUAGGAGAGAAGUGCUGGAGAGAGAGAGGGACAGACAGCGAGAGAGAGAGGGACAGACAGAGGAGAGAAAGCGAGAAAGACAGGAGAUAAAACGAGAGAGAGACAGAGGAGAGAAAGCGAGAGAGAGAGAGAGAGAAAGCGAGAGAGAGAGAGAGAGAAAGGAGAGACAGAGAGAGGGAGACAAAGACAGAGAAGACAGACAAUGAGAGAGAGACAGGAGAGAAAGAGAGAUUGAGGAGAGAGAGAGAGACAAAGACAGAGGAGAGAGAGAGAGAGAGAGUGCAAGAGAGAGACAAUCAUCCUAGAGGCAGAUGACUGCAGAGUGAUCCAUUUCUAUUAUUGAGGGCUUGAUAUUUUCCUUCUCGCCUUUUGUAAAACA